AUGAAACGAGCUUUUCGGGGAUCAUUUGAAAGUCUUGGAGGAUUUGCCGAGAUGUGGUCGCCAGGGAUAGUUGUGCUCCUUGGUUGCUGGUCUUGGCACAGAGCCGAGUCAGUUGUUCAUCAAGUGACUGAAGUGAGAGCAGUGGCUGGAUCAGACGCUUUGUUGCCCUGCGUCGGGAACUUCAGUGUCUCGAAUGUAGCCUGGCAACACGUGGGCAAAAGCAGUCGACCCGACAGGGUUCUUUCCAACGGGUCGCUUUUGGUUGAAAAGGUCGAUGCCUUGGAUGCCGGGAACUAUUCUUGCAGACCCGACCUGGAAGGCACUGCGUUGAUCUCUAUUGUGCAUCUUAUCGUUCUCAGUCCUCCAUCAACAGUGGAUGGUGUGGAAGCGAGAGCCGAUUUAAACUACGCCACUAUUUCCUGGAAACUUCCGGAUCCUGAAGAGAAUGUGGAGGGUUUCAGGGUUUCCUAUGCUGUUGCAGCAUCAGAGCCACGUUGGAUCGAGCCUUCUUAUCUCUUUGGGAUUUCCGCCGAAUCCGAAAUCGUGGACAUUUACCACUUGACUCCCGGAACAAGUUAUAUGGUGAAGAUUGAGGCUUUCAACGUAGCUGGUAGCAGCAAGCCUGUAACUGUAUCGUUUCGCACCUUGUUGGAAAAUGAGAAAUGUGUUGGACAAACGCCUUUGUCGGAGACGAGGAGAAACAAGAAGGACUUGAAUUCUGUGGGCCUUUUUGCGUCUGGGAUUCUGUUUGCUUUGGCUUGCGUGCUUGUGGUGGGGUCUGGUUUGUACUGGUGUCGACGACAUAAACUGAUGACGUGUCAGUCGAGUGGUGUUCUGGAUGACAAAGACAUGGUUUGUGAGACCAUAGAGCUGAUCCCCAACGUGGUCGUGAACCCGAGGUUCGAACAAGAAGCAGCUCAAGACGAUAACGACUGAAUUUACAAGAAAGAGAGAAGAAUGGAAUGAAGAAAUGGUUUCUAGUCAAAAGAGAAAAAGAGGUCGCAUCAGUUGAGGAGGAACGACGUCAUCGUCAUCAUGAUUUGUGUUAUGAACAAUGUCCUCCUCCUCUGCUUGCGGCGAAACAUUUUUAUCUGCUUUUUUUUCCUGUGCGAUGGUGUUUGUUUUUGUCAAAUUUCUGAACGCAGUCAUCGGAAUGGAACGACUUGUGCUUGUGAAAAAAAAAAAAGAAACGGUUAACGUGCGCGGAGCAAUCUCGAGAGGACAGUGAUUCAUUUGUGGUGUCUCAAUUUUGCAUCGAAUUCAGCAUUCCCUUGGAAAAGACGCAAUGCAUGGAUCUUGCUUCCUUUUGAAAGAAAGAGAGGAAAAUUGGG